AUGCUGGCCUCAGGCAUGCUGCUGGUGGCCGUGCUGGCCUGUCUGACUGUCCUGGUGUUGAUGUCUGUCUGGCGGCAGUGGAAGCUAUCGGGAAAGCUGCCUCCAGGUCCCACGCCAUUGCCUUUCCUUGGAAACUAUCUGCAGCUCAACACGGAGCAGAUGUACGACUCUCUCAUGAAGCUAAGGGAUCGCUUCGGCCCCGUGUUCACGGUUCACCUGGGCCCUCACCGGGUCGUGGUGCUGUGUGGCCAGGAUGCUGUGAAGGAGGCACUGGUGGAUCAGGCCGAGGAGUUCAGCGGGCGCGGGGAGCAGGCCACCUUCAACUGGUUCUUCAAAGGCUACAAUGUGGCCUUUAGCAAUGGGGAGCGCGCCAAGCAGCUGAGGUGCUUCUCCAUCACCACGCUGCGGGACUUUGGCGUGAGCAAGCGUGGCAUUGAGGAGCACAUCCAGCAGGAGGCGGGCUUCCUCAUCCAAGCGCUGCAAGACACGCGAGGCACCUUCAUAGAUCCCACCUUCUACCUGAGCAGAACCGUCUCCAAUGUCAUCAGCUCCAUUGUCUUUGGGGACCGCUUCGACUAUGAGGACAAGAAGUUCCUGUCUCUCCUGCAAAUGAUGCUGAGCAGCUUCCAGUUCACAGCCACCUCCACCGGCCAGGAGAAGGAGAACCCCAAUAUGAAAUUCCACAUAAAGAACCUGCUGCUCACCACCCUGAACCUCUUCUUGGCAGGCAUGGAGACCUUCAGCACCACCAUGUGUUAUGGCUUCCUGCUGCUCAUGAAACACCCAGAUGUGAAGGAGAUUGAUCGGGUCAUUCACAAAAACCGGCAGCCCAAGUUUGAGGACCGAGCAAACAUGCCCUACACAGAGGCUGUGAUUCAUGAGAUCCAGAGAUUUGGAGACAUGAUUCCCAGGGGUGUGGCCAGCAGGGUCACAAAGGACACUAAGUUCUGGGAGUUCCUUUUGCCCAAGAGAUUCAACCCAAACCACUUCCUGGAUGGCAAUGGAUGGUUUAAGAAGAAUGAUGCUUUUGUGCCCUUUUCCAUCGGAAAGCGGUACUGUUUUGGAGAAGGCCUGGCUAGAAUGGAGCUCUUUGCCUUCCUCACCACCAUCAUGCAGAACUUCUGCUUCAAGUCCACGCAGGCUACCCAACACAUCGACAUGUCCCCCAAACAUGUUGGCCCAGCUCUGGCGAACGGGACCGCAGAACGUCAGCGACCACAGAAGCAACAGCAGAAAAGUCCCGCAGAGAAUGUAGAGACCAGACAGCACGCAGACCGGACCAAGGCAGACGGUGGCGUGGGACCGAACGGCCGGGACCAGACAACAACAGCAGGGGAACUGGGCGCUGCAGACGUGGAGAGCCGGGACGCUGCUGCCAAACGAUAG